CCCAACCCAAGCGAGUAGAAACAAGAUGGCGGAACAGUAGGGAAACAUGGCGGAAAACAAGUAAAAUACAGAGCGUAAAAACAGCUUUACAUCAUGAGACCACCGCCAUCUGUUACAGGAAUAUCGCCUAUUGAGGGUCCACCUGGGACUCGAGUUAUUAUCAGAGGGGAAAAUUUGGGAAUUAACUUGAAAGACAUCGUAGGACUGACAAUAUGUGGAGCGAACUGUCUGUUAUCGGCAGAUUAUAAGUCACCCAGUAAGAUAAUAGCACGGACUGGCCAAUCAAGGCCUGGCAAGGGAGAGGUGAUUGUUACAACCAAGUCUGGUGGCGAAGGGUCAUGUACUGUACAGUUCAAAAGUCUGCCAGUCAUUCCUGAUCCACUGAGAGAGUCAGCUGUCUGGAUAGAAGAAGUUGAUCCAGAAGAAAUGGAAUCAGGAUCAGGAUCUACUAGACCAGUGUCACCACCACUCCACCAGGACCCCCUAGGGAUUGCAAUUGAUGUCUUUGGCUACAGAAUCCCAGAAGAUCAGUUGGAGGAUUUAUUCCCUGAAGGAAGUGGAAACAUCCUUGGUGAGAAUUUCAAUGCAGCUUGGUUUUUAUUGGAAAAACAUUGUGACACAAGCUUUGAAACCCUGAGCAAUGGUUUGAAUUACAUUAAGAAUGAAGAGUCCAGACGAGCAGCAGGACCCUUGGCUUUUGUCAAGGAAAAUUUAGGAACAUUUCUGGAUUCGCUUGACACACUCAGAUCUGUCCAGAAACAAAUGUUGAAGGAUGAGAGUGAAUGUGAUGGGGGCUCUAUUGCUGAGACUCUGGAAAGCAUAUUACAAGGAGCAAGCAAGAAUGCUGAUGCUUUGUUUCAAGAUGUUUUGAAUCGUAAAGAUGAUGCUGAUCGAACGAGAAAUGCCUUGAAUGUCCUGCAGCGUUUUCGGUUUCUCUUUAGCCUUCCUCACAGCAUAGACAGAAAUAUAAAACAGGGUGAAUAUGAGUUGGUUAUCAGUGAUUACAGCAGAGCAAAAUCACUCUUUGCUGAGACUGAUAUCAAGAUCUUCAAGAAAGUUGUUCAAGAGGUGGAAACAAAGAUAGAAUCAUUUAGGAAUCACCUCAAGAGUAAGCUGCAAGAAUUCCCUUCUCCGCUUGAGGAACAGAAGAAAAUUAUAAGGUAUCUUGUUGAGUUAGAAAGUGGUGGGGAUCCAGCCUGGGACUGUCUUGUCAACCAGCAUGCAUGGCUGCUGAAACUUCUGACAAGCUGCAAGAAUGAUCAUCAGGCUAAAGAUUCUAGUCCAUUCUUACAAGUGGAAGGAGUAUCCGAUUCAGAUCAUUUAGACUCAAGACCAUCUAUUCCAGGCACAUUUAGACCAGAUUCGCCAGCUCUUGGUAAGAGCAUGAAAGCUCCUGUUAGCAAGACAUCUAAUUUAGAGCGACAACUCAGAAGCAGCCAUGUUACUCCACAAAGAGUUCAGUUCGUAGAGGAAUUAUCCGACCUGGUUACAGAGUCUCUCCCAGACCUUUGGAAGCUAGGUCAGGCAUACCUUGGUCAGACAUUACUUGGAGAGGAUACAAGCAUUUCUGGCAAACAGUUGUCACCAAACCAAGACAAGGAAAUGAAGUUUCAGACGAUGAUCCAGGAGGUGACGUUCCUCUACACAGACCUUGUAAAUGCUGCCUUCCUGUUGAACCCGAUGAAUAACCAGAACACAGAAGAACUGGGGACGUGGUUGAAUAAUAUCGAAGGGCUGGCUGCUUGGUUACCUUCUUGUGUGAGAAAUGUCAGGUCUUGUUUGUCGUCACUGUGUUCCCUUGGACUACCCCCAUCAUCUCUUAAUUGUGUGCGUGAGUUGGUAGACAACCUGAGGUUCUUGUGUGCUACUGAAGUAUUCACUGAAGCUACUUCAGAAAUCAAGACACUACACUGUAACGAGCUGUGGACCCUCGAGAAAGAUGAGAACAUUGGAAGAAUAACUAGUCUUCCGUUGCUGUUUGAAAACAUCGUGAUGGAAACUCUUCAUACAUUAGAAGAGAUCGCUAGUGAAUCAAUACCUGAAGAUAACAAGAGUCAUGGCCGUGUCAAACAAAAAGGCACAGAAUUGUUUGAAGAGAUGUUUUUGACUUUCAUCGAGUGUCUCCAGUUCUUGGCUUUUCAGCCUGAGCAAGCACAAGACAAGAUCUCAGUAUCCAGCCAAUCAGAUGAAAGAAUAGAUCGAUCCACGUACUCAUUGGACGAUAACAUUCCUGUAACAGACGAGAGAUUGCUCAUCGUUCUAAACAACUGUCGAUACGUCAGGGAAAAAGUUCUUACAAAGCUGGUAGAAAGCUUUAAGAAUCAGAAGUAUCCGAUGAGUGAUAAGCUGACACAGUCUUUACAGUCGGAGCUCACACAUCUCGAGAAAAAUAUAUUCGAUGCGUACAUUAAACAAAAAGCGGAUUCACUCGUAGGGAGCCUGGAACCUGGAAUAACAGCAGGGGACUUCAGAUGGUAUGACUGUCUGCCCCCUAAUGAUGUCCGUAACUACGUGAAGGAGAUUUUAAUGAACCUUGUGUUGGUUCAUGCCCAGGUGUUCUCUGUAUCCAGUGAUCUCUUGGCUCUAGUCCUGUCUCGUCUCACUGAUCUCCUGGCGGACGAGUUCAAGAGGAUACUUCAGAAAGCCAGUGGUAGUAAAAGAAACUUCAUGUCUGCUGGGGCUGUUACGGCUCAUUUGGAAGCUAUAGCCUUUCAGCAGGCACUUAUGGCGUACAUCACUCCAGAUGCCAGGACCGCUUUCACAGAGGCACUCGAGCUUGUUCCACCGCUGACCAAGGAUUCCGACCGAAAGUUGAUUGACGCAUUGAUGACAUCGUUUAAGAGGAAAAUGGCGCUUCAACUACAGUGUUUCCAUGUCGAUAUGGAAGAAAUAUGAAGCAUGCAUUAUAACAAAACAGACGCCUGUACAUUAAAGUUACAAUAAAAAGGAUUCUAUUAAACAUUCAAAACAAGUCCUUUCUAAUUCUUUUAUACAUCAAAGUCUUUGUAGACAUCGAUCCAUCCAAACCAUGGGCUAUAACCCAUGCAAACUGGUCAAAAAGACGAAACAUUCAUCACUUGUACAUUAUGUGUUUUAUGUGAAAGGUGUGAAAAUCACCCCAAAUCCAACCAAACCAUGGGCUAUAACCCAUGCAAACUGGUCAAAAAGACGAAACAUUCAUCACUUGUACAUUAAUAUGUGUUUUUUUUAAAAGGUGUGAAAAUCACUCCGAAUCCAAACAAACCAUGGGCUAUGACCAUGGGCUAUAUUAUCUGUUUUUCAUAAAAGGUGUGAAAAUCACCCCCAAAUCCAUGCAAACCAUGGGAUACAACCCAUGCAAAAUGGCCAAAAAUGAAUAAAAAUCCAUCACUUGGA